AUGACGAUAAGCUGUCUGUCCUCCCCUCUCUGUGUCUUCCAGGCGUACGAUGCCACCUUGUUGGCGGCGUCCUACUCCGGCCCGCAGCUGGACGUCCUGAUCGAUCAGGGCCGCGACGACCAGUUCCUGUCGGCCAGCCAGCUGCUGCCCGACAACCUGAUCGCCGUCUGCUCCGAGCAAAAGAUCCCCGUCGUGUUCAGACUGCAGCCGGGCUACGACCACAGCUACUUCUUCAUCUACUCGUUCAUGAACGAUCACAUCAAGCACCACGCCAAGUUCCUCAACGCCUGAAGACCGCUCUGCCGUCGAUCAACGCUGCAGAAGACUUCCUGCAGAAAUUACUACAAUAACGUCAACCCUCGUUACCAAAUUCUGUAUUCUAUGAAGUAUUUGUACCUUCAGUUUGAACAGCACUUAACCUAAAGUCUCAAAUAAAAACCAAAACGUAACGGUUUUUAAUGGUAAUUUUCAAACGGUAAUUGAGCGACAGGAAAGGAGGAAAAGGUUGCAGCAUCCCCAUACUGAUCACACGUUAAGUCACAGCUGUAUUUUUCACAAUAAAAUCCCCAGUUGUUGAUU